AAGAUUUUUGUAGAGCACCCGGCAUUUGUGCCGCGUGUGCCGUGUGCCUAUAAAAACCAUGUGUGAUACCUUCGAGGUACAUAACAACCCACACAAUCGUUCAACCAUCAACAACCAGCCAAGCACGAACAUGCGUGGAUUUAUUGCUUUGUACGCCUUUGUAGCUCUGAGCGCCGCAGCGCCACAGCAGGGAUACCAGUAUGCCGCACAGACAUCUGGUGGACAGUUGACGCAUACGGUGCCGCAGCCACAUGUCCAGUAUGGUGUUGUGCCACCGAAAACUGCUGACUUCCUAAAGGAUCUGCAAACUGUUAUGGCGGUGCAAUCGGCAAAUUUGGCACCGAACUUUGAGCUCAACACCCAGCCGCAAUUGGUCAGUUUCAGCAAAGAGCAAUAUGCCGCGGUCAAUGGCGCCGCCGGGGCUGCUGCCUCCGCACAGGUUUCUGUGGCUCAACCACAGGCACGCUACUUGGCCCCAACUCUGGUCGGUGGAAACUCUUUGGAGCAACAGCCACAACAGUUGAUUCAACAGCAGUUCGCUCAACAACACCAGGUUCCACAACAACUGCAGUUCCAACAACAACCACUGCAAUCACAACAACAUUUCCAACAACAAGCAACACAGCAAAUUACUCUGCCAGAGCAGCCUCUCCACCAACAGUCAACCCACUUUAUUCAGCAGCAAUCUCAACGCGUCGAACCCGAAACCGUGAUCUCGAAACGUUUCUAUCUGCAUGCCGCACCCGAAGAUGAUGAUGAGGAAGUGAAACAACAUCAUGUGACCGUCGGUAAGCCACGUAAAAACUAUAAUGUUGUCUUCAUUAAAUCUUCCGACAAGUCCACACCGAAGACGUCAUUGAAAAUUACGCCCGCCGUUAAUGAAGAGAAGACCGUCAUCUAUGUGCUGAACAAGAAACAAGAUGCUGCCGAUAUUGAUACACAAGUCUAUGAGCCGGUCACGACCACCGCCAAGCCCGAGGUAUAUUUCAUUAAAUAUAAGACAGCCGAAGAGGCGGCACAUGCGCAGCAAACCAUUCAGGCACAAUACGACGCCUUGGGCGGUUCGACUCAAGUCACUAAUGAAGGUGUCGCUCCGGUGAGCUCAGUCAUUGGUUCUCUAGAUGCUGCCAAGCAAGCAGAAGCUGAAGCAGCUGCUGCCGCCGAGGCAGUUCAAUCCGCGCCCAACAUUCAAGCUGAUGAGCAACAGCAAGCCGCACAAAUUCCAGUGGUGCCUGCAGUUGGCGCCCAAUCAGCAAGUGUACAGCCAGAGGAGCAAUUGCAGGUCGUUGAGCAAUCGCUCUCACAAGGUUCCAACACAAAUAAUGGUUAUUUGCCACCAUCGAGAUAUUAUUUCCUUUAAACGGAAUGUUCACUGUUUCGUUCGUCGGCUUUUAUAAUCGUAUUGUUGCCAUGUGAAUACUAUCAUCGUGUUAGUUUCACCCGAACAUUUGCUACAUUGUUUUUGUUAUAUGAAU